UCAUGUUUGCACCUUUUUAUGUGCAAAAUCACUUAACCGGUGGCUCACGCCUUCGGUAUCAAGUACCUGCGGUAAGAAAAAAUUCAAAUUUAGAUCUGGGGAGAUAAAGCAUCACUGUGGGUAUCCCAAAUGUGCAAGGGACCUCAUAAGAAAUUUUAAUAAAGCGCACAGGAAAAGGUAAAUAAACGGAAUAAAGGACUCUACACACAGCAGACAAACUAAUUAGAUCUUUAUGCUAAUUAGUGUCGGGUCUGAUCGCACUGAUUGGCUACCAGGUCAAUCAAGAGAUAAAGCAAAUACUUGAAAAAGUUGUCAAAGAUAAUCAAACCUCCAAACAUACUACACCGCGGUUGUUUACCUAACGUCUAUUUGGAGUGUGUUUUGCGACAUGUGAAACACAACGCAUGUCUACACACUAAUCCUCAACAUCGAAAGGAUGAAGGCUUUGAUUUAUGGCUUCAAAAACGAGAGAUUUUAGCGUCGCUGGCGCGUGUCUCCAACCGGUUUACAAACAUGAGUGCUACUACAACUGCAGCAAACAUCUCAACGGACGUUUAUCAAACUUCUCGACAAGUAUCAGUUGCGUAUCUUCUAAUCGUCGGUAUAUUAGGGACUUUAGGGAACUCCUUGGUCGUGUUUGUUUUGUGGAAAUACCCUAAACUACGGACUGCAACAAACUUGUUUAUUUUGAAUCUCGCAUUUUGUGACUUGGUGAUGGCCUUAUUGGACUUAUCUCUCUCCGUAGCAUCAGCGCUAAGCAACCGUUGGUUAUGGGGAAAAUCUGGUUGCCUCGGCUAUGGAUUUUUGCACUAUUUCUUUAUAAGUAACAGUGUGAGUACAUUGGCUGCGAUAAGUGUUGAUCGCUUUUUCUACAUCACAAAACCUGGUCAGAUAAAAGCUUGGAGAAUAACACGGACCAGGGCAGGAAUAAUCCUAAUCAUUAUCUACAUCUACGUCCUGUUAUUCACGUUUCCUCCAAUUGCGGGAUGGAGUUCAUUUACAGAAGAAAAAUUCUACUUUAGCGGAUGCUUCAUAAAGUACAGUGACCAGAACCCAGCGUCCAUGGCUUAUUCUGUCAUUGCUUCGGUAUUUUUAUACCUAAUGCCUUUGAUUUUGAUGAUCUGUUGCUACUCAAAAAUAUUCAUGGCCGUGCGGAAAAGUACACGCAGGACUAUGACAAACUCAAACGCCGUCCGCAAAAAAUUCCCUAUUAUGAAAAGGACGCAUAUUCAAACAGCCAAAAUGAUAGUGGUGGUGAUCUUUUUCUCAAUGAUUGUGUGGGUUCCCUAUGUUGCUGUUUCCCUUAUACAGGCGUUUACAGCUGACUCUAUUAUAACCCCUACCGCAUCUCAUAUCACUGUGCUAGUAGCCAAGUCCUGCGUGAUUUACAAUGUCCUGAUAUACGUUGUACUUAACCGUAAGCUGAAAGCUGUUAUACUUAAUUUAUUAUGUUGCGGAAGGCAAAUUAAUUUUUCGGGGAGCAAUAUGCCGACAUCAAAUCUCCGUAUUAGUAGAAUACUGAGUGAGACAGACAGGGAAAUUGCGCCAGAUGCGGUACGCAAUAGACUAAAUGUUUUGCAAAACAAUGAUAAUGCUUCGGCUGUAGAUGCUUCCGUCGAAAGAUCUUCACCGAUUCCUACACACACCACCUUUAAGCCGGACCUUAUUGAGACUCCAAAAGGAACAAAACAAAGACACGGAAACGUUAAAACAGUGGAAUUCAAGGUCGUAGAACAAGACGGGAAUGUUAUUACUCCUGUGAACGACGCUGCUAAUGGAACAGGGUCAGGUGGCAACUUGCCCAAAAUUCGCCGGAAAAAACUACCACAAAUCCCAAGAGAUAACCAAGAGACUAACGGGAAUUUAGUUGGGCAGUUUGGAGAUGAUUUGAAUAGCGUAGGUGUUAGCAAUAAGGACUUUUCCAGCUGUGAAGAAACCUCUCUGGCUAAAACAGAGAAAUUGCUACUAACUGAAACUGUAACAAGGGCAGAGGCAAGGCGAAGGGCACUGCGUAAGAUAAACGACCGUAAAGUCAGUAAUAGCGUGCCGAGCAUUGAAAAGCGUGAUAGUACAAGUUCAGGAGCUACUGUGGCUACGGGGAAUGAGAGUCACGAUAGAAGUAUCAGUCCGUCAACACCCAAUGGGAGAAUCCUGCCUGAAAUCCCAAAUCACGUGGGAGACAAACACGAGAAAAAGCGAAACGGAAAUGCUAAAACUAAUGAGGCUGAUCGAAUAGGAGCAGAUUCCUCAAGAACAGCAAUUCCCAGUUCGUGCACUAGCACACUAAGCAAUCAUUCUCGUGCUUGGAGUGAAAAGGACACAGGAAACCCGGCUGCUCCAGCACGCUCGAUGACGUCACCAAGGCGAAACGGUAAAAGAAAAACGCGUAAACACAUGGACAGGAAUGCGUCACUGAGGGCCAGGUUACAAAGGUGUAGUGUGGAUGUGCUCCAGGCUUCACCGAGUGAACUUCACGAGAUUCAGAACUACUGGAAAAGAAUGAGUCUAUGUCUUGAUGACAUUGAUUUAGACGAGAUGGUUUGAAUAACAACUCACAUAUAUGCAUUUUAUGGAAUAAACAUACGUCUUUACAAACAUUCCUUACAUAUUUGUGGAUAUUGUAAAUAUUGUUAGAUAGUGUAAUUUUAUGUAUUUUCAAAUAUAGAUAUGAUAUAUUUAUAUUGUGAGAUCAGAUAAUAUAAAGUACUUUGAAAGAGCUGGCCUCAUGUACUCACUCGCUCACUAUUACUUAUCCAACCCUUGGGGAGAGACUACACUAAAUGUGCUAAUGAAUGAAUUAAGAAAAGGAAAUGUUAUCUUCUCGUCAUAUAUCCAAUGACUGUUUUCUUAUUUGUGUUUUCUUUCUUUUAAGCUUUCUGUUUAAUUUAUAAAAUAAUUAAAAAAAAAUUAUCGCUUUUUAGAUGCCAAAUAAAUACACUUAGAUCUUAAUAUGAUGGAGUAUUUGAGGACCGAUAGUCCUGUAAUUUGCUUGUUUACUUCUACUGCUUCGAGCAUUUCAAAGCCGACCCCUUUAUCCGCAAAAGGGCAUUUUGCAUAUGAUUUGUAAGGAAUAUUUUGCUUAUUAUUUCAAAUCAAAAUCAUCCUGAUUAGAGUUUUCCCAUAUGGUUUCGGUUUCUACUAGAACCCAUUUUUCCUUCCAAGCCGGCCUGUGCUAUUGCGCAUGCUCAGUAAACCGCUCAUCAACUGCAUGCAGCAGCCGAGCUGAUUUCACUAGAUUUGAUAAUUUAAAUAACUUUAGUUGAUAAUAGGGAAUGUAAUAAAUAUUUUCUAUAUCAUGUUAGAGCAUUGUUUUAUAUGUCAUUUGAUAAUAAGUCAUCCCACAUGGCUAAUGCUUCCGGUUUUUGACUCACGGACUUGAAUGUCUCAUCGUUCGAUAAAAGGGCCUUUGCAGUCACUUGCACGUGGGUCUGUCACGGACCUGCGCGGAAUCGCCAUCAAGAGAUUUCGGAGGCAUAAUCUUUGGACUCUACCGGCAGUUGGCGCCACUGUUCGCCGACGCCCUA